ACUGCUUCCCCGCGCUGGCUUCAGUCCGGGUGUUGAGUUCCGGGACCGGAGUGCCAGGGCCUUUUGGCUUCUGCAACCUGUACCUUUUUCAGCAGUGGAAGUGCCUCGGUGGAUUCUCCAAUGCGUUAUUGUUUUCUUGUCACAGUUAUUUAUUUUACUUCCUGUGAUGUUUCAGCCUCAUGCCUUCACCGUUUUUUGUUGUUGUUGUUGUUUUUGAGACGGAGUCUCGCACUGUCGCCCAGGCUGGAGUGCAGUGGCGCGAUCUCGGCUCACCGCAGCCUCCGUCUCCCGGGUUCAAGCGAUUCUCGUGCCUCAGCCUCCCGACUCCCUUCACUGUUUUUUGAAACUUUGUGUUUUGCUUUCUAAUUGGAGUAACUGGCCUUGGAACCUGUAGUCAGUCAUUUGCCUCAGGUUUACCUGCCAGUCCCAUCCGUCUAAAGCAAGGGAAUUCGACCCCCUUGUCUUGAAUGGGCCUAAGAGGAGCCGUCAGUUCUCCUUUUCCCUUCUUGGUGGACAGCCGUUUAAAACUUGGAGUAUGGACUGUUAUGUUCUUAGAUGUUUUCGUUCAGUGGACAAAGUGAUGAUCUGGGACAUUUCAACUGCAAGUGUGCCUCCUUCCUUGGUUGACUCUGGUAUUUUCAUUAUGACUUCAUGUAUUUUUGUCUACUUUGCUUUUGUACAUUUAUUUAUUUAAAGUGCAACGUAGGGGCGGAAAAGUGUAAUACCUUCCCUCACCACCCAUUGUAAGGAUCACAGCCACCGCUCCUUGAAACAGAAGAUAGGUUAACAAGUGUAUUUGCAUGCCUGAGUCCUUGAGCCGUGCUAUACCAGUUUGUCCAGAUUAUUUAUACUAGCAAUGCGGUUUAUGGUGAAGACCUGCUUUCCCUCUGGGAAUCUGGAACUUCAGUAAAAGGAGAUGUUUCACAAAGCAGAAGAAUUCUUUUCUAAAACAACAAACAAUGAAGUGGAUGACAUGGACACAUCAGAUACCCAGUGGGGCUGGUUUUACUUGGCAGAAUGUGGGAAGUGGCACAUGUUUCAGCCGGAUACCAACAGUCAGUGUUCAGUUAGCAGUGAAGAUAUCGAAAAAAGCUUCAAAACAAACCCUUGUGGCUCCAUUUCUUUUACUACUUCCAAAUUCAGCUACAAGAUAGACUUUGCAGAAAUGAAGCAAAUGAAUCUCACCACUGGAAAGCAGCGCUUAAUAAAAAGAGCCCCCUUUUCUAUCAGUGCUUUCAGUUACAUCUGUGAAAACGAGGCCAUCCCUAUGCCACCACACUGGGAGAAUGUGAAUACUCAAGUACCAUAUCAGCUUAUUCCUCUGCACAGUCAAACACAUGAAUACAAUGAAGUUGCUAAUCUCUUUGGGAAAACGAUGGAUCGCAACCGAAUUAAAAGAAUUCAGAGAAUUCAAAACCUAGAUUUGUGGGAAUUCUUUUGCAGGAAAAAGGCUCAGCUCAAGAAAAAAAGAGGUGUGCCUCAGAUUAAUGAACAAAUGCUAUUUCAUGGUACCAGCAGUGAAUUUGUAGAAGCAAUCUGCAUUCAUAACUUUGAUUGGAGAAUAAAUGGUAUACAUGGUGCUGUCUUUGGAAAAGGAACCUAUUUUGCUAGAGAUGCUGCUUAUUCCAGUCGUUUCUGCAAAGAUGACAUAAAGCAUGGAAACACAUUCCAAAUUCAUGGUGUCAGCUUGCAACAGCGGCAUCUGUUUAGAACAUAUAAAUCUAUGUUUCUUGCUCGAGUGCUAAUUGGAGAUUACAUAAACGGAGACUCCAAAUACAUGCGACCUCCUUCCAAAGACGGGAGCUAUGUGAAUUUAUAUGACAGCUGUGUGGAUGAUACCUGGAACCCAAAGAUCUUUGUGGUUUUUGAUGCCAACCAAAUCUAUCCUGAGUACUUGAUAGACUUUCAUUGAUUUCACUUCCAAAUCUCAGUGGUCAAGGAAGCUUUAUUCUUUUUUGCAGGAAGAUUUGCUCUUCAGUCAUCUAGCCACUAAAUGUUAAUUAUCUGAUACUUUUGAAACAGAUAUGAAAAACAAGUGGCCUCCAUAUAAAAAGACAUACUGACUU